AGGUCCAAAGCAUGAGGGUUAGGCAGAUGGAGGAGCAGCUCCCUGCACAGUGACCCCUCCCCCCACAGCUGAGGAGGGUUGGGGGCAGGAAGCAGGGUAGGAUGCUGAUUCUGCAGCUGGGGGAGAUUUGUGGGGGUGAAUCUGACACCGCUCCAGCAACUCCUUGCACGGGAAGAGGAAGUCCCACUCUCUUCUGCCUCCAGCCCAGCUGGGAUUAGCAGCUGAUCCCAGCUCAGUGGCUGGGGUGUCCCCAGCCCUGUGGUGAUUUACCUCUCCACCGGCUGCUCCGGUGUAUGUAUCUGCGCAGCUAGGGAGUGUGGCGUGACUGCCCUUGCAGCUUCCCUGUCAGAAAGUCACAUUUCAGCGGGGAAGCAAAGAAAUCUGUGAGGGACAUGAAUUCUGCACAUGCGCAGUGGUGCAGAAUUCCCCCAGGAGUAUACAGAGCUGGUUGUUCUUCAUUUCUGCCAUGUUGCACGUUGGUCUGACCUUACAAUGAUGACAAUGUGAUUAUUUGCGUGCAUUUAAUUUUUCCUGUUAUGAAUUGUGUAGCGAUAUCAAAACAUAUAGCCAACACAUUUAUUGCAAAACUGAGUGUACUCACUGGUCGGUUUUAUGUACAGAUGCAAAUGAUGGCUUGGGAGACUGGGAAUCAAGUAGGAUUAUUUUAACAUAAACUCUGGAGUGCUGUUGUGAAGUGUCUGGGUUUUGUGAUGAGCAGCACUGAAGAACUGGUUUUUCAGAUAUGGCCGGAGGAAGCAUCAGGCAAAAGGGGCAGCAGGAAAGAAGACUCAUUUAGAAAUGAAAAGAGAACAUUAAGAGUGAUGUGAGGAGAUUACAUUUGAUUUGAUAGGCAGUAGGGAGCCAAUGAAGGUACUUCAGGAGUUUCUAAAUGCCAUCUUAGUGGUGGGAGAGGUAGAUUGUUUUGCUAUUUUCUUUAUUUUUUUGUGGUGAAGAGCCUGAAGAGAUUGAGUUCGUCAUGUGACGAUGAUGGAUUGAAUAAGGAUUUUUGUGCUUAGAAGAUUUUUGGUGAUAUUGGGUAGAGAUAGUUAGUUGUAAGUGUGGCUUCAACUGCAUAUGGGCUCAAAGAUUCCACAAAUCUGGGCUCAGAACCUGCAUUAGCAGAUCCAUAUUCAGGGGGAGUGCCUAGUUCCUGUGUCUGGUUCCAGUUGUCUCUGUCAUCAACACCUGGUUCUCUUCAACUAGUGUGCAUCUAACCUUGUCUGAAAAUGAUAGGGGGGGUGUAUAUGUGUAUUACCCUGUGGUAAAUACAAAAACUACUUGCAAUAAUAUUUGAUGCUCUGUGUUCUUCCUCCCCCCCCCCCCGAAGUCUUCCCAUAUUAAGUAACUGAUUCUUUCCACACCAUGACGAAGUAGAAAUAAUGCUGUCAACAUGUCUGUGCAGUCAUUGCUUUGUGAGAGAAUCGCCGUUGCUAAGGAAUUAAUGAAGAGAGCAGAAGCCCUUUCCAGAUCACAGAAAGGAGGUAUAGAAGGUGGAGCAAAGCUAUGCAGCAAAUUGAAGGCCGAGUUGAAAUUCUUGCACAGGGUGGAGGCGGGGAAGGUGGCCAUUAAGGAGUCCCAUCUGCAGAGUACCAAUCUCACACAUCUCCGAGCCAUAAUUGAGUCAGCAGAGAACCUGGAGGAGGUCGUCAGUGUCCUUCAUGUCUUUGCCUAUGAAGACUGCUUUGGAGAAAAGCAAAUGCUGGUGGUAGAUGUUGUUGCAAAUGGUGGCCACACUUGGGUGAAAGCAAUUGGUCGAAAGGCUGAAGCUCUUCACAAUAUUUGGCUGGGCCGGGGCCAGUAUGGCGACAAAAGCAUCAUUGAGCAGGCGGAGGACUUCCUGCAAGCGAGCCGUCAGCAACCAGUGCAAUAUAGCAACCCCCAUAUUAUCUUUGCUUUUUAUAAUAGUGUGUCCAGUCCUAUGGCAGAGAGGCUGAAAGAGAUGGGCAUAUCCGUGCGGGGAGACGUAGUUGCUGUUAACUCUUUGGCAGAGCACUUGACUGAAGAGAGAUACCUAAGUGCCAGUGAAUCUGAUGAAGAAAGCCCUGAGGUCCUGCAGGUGACCAGAGUAGACCGGGAGAAUUUAGUAGCCAGCAUUGCGUUUCCUACAGAGAUCAAAGUAGAUGUGUGCAAUAGAGUUAACUUGGACAUCACUACUUUAAUUACAUAUGUCUCUUCCCUUAGCUAUGGUGGCUGCUACUUCAGUUUUAAGGAGAAAGUGUUAACGGAGCAGGCAGCACAGGAAAGAAAGGAGAGAGUCCUGCCUCAGUUAGAGGAUUUCAUGAAGGGCAAGGAGCUGUUCGCUUGUGAAUCCGCAGUCAAAGAUUUUCAGUCAAUCUUAGAAACUCUAGGAGGACCUGGGGAGAAAGAUCGAGCCAUCUCUCUCAUGAAGAGAAUUAAUGUGGUGCCAGACCAGCCCUCUGACCGUGCCUUAAGACUAGUGGCUAGUUCAAAAAUCAAUAGCCGCUCUCUAGCCAUCUUUGGGACAGGAGACACUUUAAAAGCCAUCACGAUGACCGCAAACAGCGGUUUUGUUAGGGCAGCAGCUAACCAAGGGGUUAAGUUUAGCGUGCUUAUCCAUCAGCCAAGGGCACUGACUGAAAGCAAAGAGUCUGUUGCCAUGCCUUUACCAAAGAACUGCACAGCUGAUAGUGGGCUUUGACUAAGCCAUCUAAUUAAUUACAGUCAUUAAAAUAACUGUUUAAACGUGCUGCAGUGGAGGCAGUUCAAGAAAUAGAACUCUCAAAACAAUACUUUUUUUUUUUUGUGUGUGUGCCAGAUCCUGAUACGUGUAGUAAUUUACCUUCAAAUGAAAAAUUCAAGAAAAGCAGAAAAUUUGUACAUCAGAAUAGUAGUUGUAAUGGAUAAAGAAAUAUAAGUUAAAAAACGUACAUCCUCUGUAUGUGGAAUUUUUGUUCUCAACUCAAUAGAGUAUACAAUAAUUUAUUCAUGGGAAUAACUGCAUUUCAGUGGAAAAUGUUAACUGUGUUCUACCUUAUUAAAAAGUUCAGUUAGAAACUCAAGCCAAGCGUGCUUCCAGUGUAUCUGUGCCCUGUGACGUUUUCAUCCCCUUUUGAGGGACUACAAUUUUUAAAAAGGAUUGCAGAAUGUAAACAAAUAGGAUAAGUAAAAGGGUAAUUUGAUUUUUCAUUUACUGGAUAAAGUGAACUACUAGAAAAACAUGCACCAUGUUAAACAUGUUCAGUAUGAUAAAGAAUGAUUGUAAUAUACCAACUGAUCAUGUGUACAAAUGCCAAUGCCCAGCUCCUCAACGGUAUUUGAUUUCAAUAGGAGUUAAAUUCCUAAAUGCCUUUUGAGGAUCUGGUUCUAAGUCUUUAACCUCUUUUGGUUUUAAAAAGUGUAUAUCUGGACUGUAGUACGGAAGACAGACUUAGGAGUUUUGGCUAUAGCUUAACUUCCCAGGAAAAAACUGAAAUUGGAGUUUCAUUGGCACUUUCACUUUUUAUUAAUAUGCCAGGGCUUGCGUGGGGGUGCCUCUGGCAACCUGAUACUGUAGCUGCACUAAAGGAAUUCUCCCCCUUCUCCUUGUGGGCUGUUUACAUUUCCUAUGUGUUGCUGAAGCAGGGGGCAGAAUCUCUCCCAGUGUUCCAGCAGACAGAACUCUCUUGUAUUGAGCCACCCUGGAACCAAUGUCCAAGCAGAGUGCUAAGGAGCACUCUAUUGCUGAAGGUUCAGAGCCAGAUUCUUCGAUCCUGCUGUAUUCCCUUUUGUUAUUCAGCAGCCCAAAGGGAAUAGAAAUCUCCCUUAGGUCCCCUGUGUGUGUGUGUGGG